AACGAGUACUGAAGCGUAUAAAUUUGAACUGCAAACCAAAAACGAAACUGCGUAAUUUAUGGCAAAUACGGUCGGUGUUUUUAUACACAUGGCAUGGUAAACAUGCUAUAACGUUGUCUAAAACUAUAUACUCCAUGGUAUAAAGCGCAUAUUAACUCUGCAAAUACGCUAAAGCGAGAAGGAAUCGAAAAUGUUAGCAAACUAUAAGUUCAGUUUUCUGAGCAUAAAACAGAUAUUUAAUGUCAGUCCAAAUGGCGCAAAGUAGUUAAAUUUGUUGGUAGAACUCGUUACAAUUGUCGAUAGUUGCUCUGCGAUAAAAAGCGACACUUUCCGAAAUCCGAAAUCACCUUUUGCCAAUCAAAAUAGUUCAGAUUUUUCAGCCUCCAGAAUUUCAUAUCAACUAAGCUUGACUCUACAGGAAAAGUCUUUGUUUUAUCCACUUUCGAACUGAAGCAGCUGCUUUGAAUUUUGGUUGCAGAAGUUAUGUUCUCGAUCAAAUUAUGACUUGGCCUGUUGCGCAUUCCUUUCAUUCAACCAAGUAACAAGGGACAUUUUGCGGAACUUUAUCUUCGCUUGCAGUGGUUAAUCAUUUGAUAUCUGGAAGUAGAUUUCGUCCAUUCAGAAAUAUACCAACGGAGUGGACAGUCUUGCUAAUUCAGACUUACCAAUAGCGGAACUUGGCGCUCAAUCAACAUUGAUAUCUAGACAGUUGGCUUCUCAGAUCACACAUUGCUGGCGGCUUUUACAAGUCGGAUUUAGUUCAAAAUGAGGAGAAAUAGUGGUUUCUCAAUCGGGCGCAAAUUGACCUCAUCCGCCCUUCCUCCGCCUUUUUUGUUGACCUUUGUGCUGUUUGUUGUCUGUGUGAGCCCCGCUCUUGCAUCCGAUAAUACAACUACUAGUGAGCCCAUAUAUGGAAAGUGUGAUCCUAACGCACCCAAAGAGGACUGCAGCACGGGGGGAAUCAUACUGCCACAAUGGGGCACGCCUGGGGCGGAGAUCUCGACUGCCACUAUGAUUCUCAGAGCGACUGUCUACUUCCUAGGCCUCUGCUACAUGUUUCUCGGAGUGUCUCAAAUAGCCGACUUGUUCAUGGAGGCGAUCGAAGUGAUCACUUCGACAACUUCAGUCAGAGUCGUGAAAACAUCUUCAGGCGAGUAUAAAGAAAUCGAAGUGCAAGUCUGGAACGAAACUGUCGCGAACUUGACUUUGAUGGCACUCGGCUCUUCGGCUCCCGAGAUUCUACUGUCGGUGAUUGAAAUUUGCGGCAACAAUUUCGAAGCGGGAGAUCUAGGGCCGGGCACAAUUGUCGGCUCAGCGGCCUUUAACUUAUUCGUCAUCACAGCAAUAUGUGUGGUUGUUAUCCCAAAUGGCACGGGGAAAAGUGUGAAGAACUUCGGAGUGUUCACGUGUACUGCAGCGUGGAGCAUUGGCGCGUAUAUUUGGUUGUACAUGAUGAUCGCCGUCAUUUCAAAAGAGAAGGUGGAUUGGUGGGAAGGUCUCGUCACUCUUCUACUGUUCGGAGCAUUCAUCCUAAUGUCCUACACGAUAGACAGGAAGAACGAGGCCUGUGCUCUGGGCUUCCGAUACGUCGGCAUCUACGACCCCGAGGAUCAGGACGCGACUGUUGCAGUUGCUAACGGGGAGGGAAAAAAUACCUCUUAACGAUGUUGAAAAUGGGGCAGCGGUUGACAACAACCGGGCCGACUGUGCGUCACCAGGCUCCGUCAGACUGUCGAAUAUCGUGAAACAGAAAAUGUCGACAAAGGAGAAAAUCAUGGCCCGAGUGAAAGAAGUCGCCGACAACAACCCUGCAGAUCCCGACUCGUGGUUCAAGAGUGUCGACUCGCAGUUGAGUCAAAUCAUUUUCUACGGCAAGUCGCGAGCUUAUUUCCGAAUUCAUAAAACCGACGUCAACAAUCAAACUCGCAAGUACCGAAGAUUUCUGGAGGAUGCGGUGAAUCAGCUACGCGACAUCAAAAAAGACUCGGCGACCCGAAACGUCGUGUUUUGUGCCGACAAGAAAGUUAAGUUUCCCGAGUCGUGUGGAAAGGGGAAAGUGGUGAUUGAAAGAGCAGGUCCGUUCACUGAAAAGGCGACAACUAAAGUGCAUUACGCGGUAGUAGAGAGCGAAUCAGCGACGAACGCGGCAACAGCCACGAAGGAUUUCGAAACUUCCGAGGGAUGGCUUGAGUUCGGUCCUGGCGAGAGUGAGAAGACGAUUGAGGUGGUCAUCUAUGACGACCCCGACUUUGAGGAGGACGAGGAGUUUGUGGUGAAGCUAUUCGACAUCCAGGAAACCCUCUCCGACACAGUCCCCAAAAACUACAUGGAUCCGAAGAUCCAGCGCAAGGAAGUGACCUGCGUGAUCAUAGACGACGACCACCACGGGAGGUUCAUGUUCACGGAGACAACUCAUUCGGCUACGAUCCCAUCUGCUUCGAGCACGCUACAGGAACGCAUACACAAAGUGGAGAUAGAGCGAACGAAGGGAUGCAGAGGAGUAGUUAGACUACCCUACGAGAUUGUACCGGGGGAGAACUGCGUGGGCGGGAAGCACUUCACAAUCGCCGGCAAACCAGAAGUGAUCUUCGAGGAUAAACAGUACAAGGCAAUCAUUGAGGUUGAGGUUCUGCCUUCGGAAGAUGCUUCGUCUGAGAACAAAAGCUUCCAGCUCAUCCUCGGACAACCAGAAGUGACUGCCGACCCCUCGGAUGUUCCGGAGGCCAAGCCAGAAGUGAUGGAGGACAAGGAAUGCACAGUCACACUGGUCCAUGCUAUGGCUCCUCAACAAUACGAGGAGUUGAAGGAGAAAGCGGAGACUAGUUGGAAGCGCAAGAUAGUGGACAGUCUCUCGUUGCCCUCUGACCCCAAACCAGGAGUGGUGGACUACAUCUUCUUCUACCUCCGCUACCCCUUCACCCUCCUCUUCUGCCUAGUGCCCCCACCAGGAAUCAUGGGGGGAUGGGCCGCUUUCGUAGUCGCAAUAUGCUUCAUCGGGGGAAUGACAGCUGUCAUUGGUGACUUGGCGGGUGCUUUCGGCUGUACAGUUGGGCUCAAGGACGCCGUCACAGCCAUCACUCUGGUAGCUCUCGGGACCAGUUUGCCGGACACUUUUGCCAGCAAAGUGGCAGCCACGAACGACAAAUAUGCUGACAGCAGUGUGGGCAAUGUGACAGGGUCCAAUGCGGUCAACGUGUUCCUCGGAGUGGGCGUCGCAUGGUUCGCCGCUGCUGUGUACCACGAGUUUAAGGGUACCGAAGGUGGUUUCAUCGUGUGCGAAGGAAGUCUGGGCUUAUCAGUCACCGUAUUCGUAGCCGAGGCAAUCAUCUGCAUAAUUUUCCUGAUGCUUCGAAGGGUGUUUCUCGGCUCUGAACUGGGGGGACCGACCGGUGCAAAGUACUUCACCGCUGCCUUUUUCGUUAUGCUCUGGCUCACCUAUAUCAUUCUCUCUACCCUCAAUGCUUAUGACGUCAUUGCGAGCCCAAUCUAGCUAUCAAUAAGCAGAAAAUCGAAAAA